AGGAAAAACCUCCUGCCCUUUUGGGACUAGCAUAUAAAGAAGGGAAGCAGACAAUAAACAAAUUAACACAGAAGUAAACAAGAUAAUUUUAAACAGUAAUAAGUGUCAUGAAUAAAAUUAAGGUGAUAUGAUGCAAAAUGGCUAGGAGGAGGACACAAUAGUCAGAGAGGGCUGCUCUGGGGAAGUGACUUUUAAGAUAGUUCUUGAAAAAAUAAGACCCGGCCAUGGAAGAAUCUAUGGAGAGAGCAUUCCAGGUAGAAGGAACUGCCAAGGCCCAGAGACAGGAAUGAACUUGGAUCCGUUUGAAUGAGGAGCAGCUGGGACCAGCCGGCUGGGUGGGACGACCGCAAUGGCCCAAGCGAAAUCUAGACCUGGAUUUUUCGGCCACGGAGGCCAGGAUUCCAGAUCCGGGCCCAGACUCCGCUUUUGUCACCCCUUCUAAAGCUGGCUUCGUGGGAGCUCUCCGUGGUGCUGAUCUCAUGCGCUCCUGUCCACGGUGCUGAAUUCCGAGGGCAGCGUUGGGAGCUGAGGUCAGGGGAGGGAAAGGAUUGGCGAAAGGCAUAGCCCAAAGCGUGGACAUAUUUGACACACGAGCACCCUGGCCUACCCAAAAAUGGACAAGGGGAAGGUGGACAUGGCCUGCAGGGGCCACACUCGACCCAGGGGCCUGCCCUGGGCCCUAAGACUGACCCUGGUGUGGAUCCUGCUGGGGUCCUGUGGAGGGAGCCGCCCACUCCCAGCUCUGUCCCGGAGACACCAUAGGCUGGCGACCGAUUUCGGCACAGUCCAGCUGCACCUUGCGGAGAUGGACACGCCAGAGGCAUCGGACCCUGGGGCGGUCCCAGAACGCUGUGGGGAGCCGAGCCCUGGGUGCGAAUCCUUCCUGGGACAUCUCCAAGCUGCCCUCCAGAGUCGCUUCCGCCUGCUGUUAUUGGGGAUACGCCAGGCGCAGCCGCUCUGUUCUGAGCUCUGCGAUGUCUGGUUUGCCACCUGCGAAAGUGAUAUUACCUGCGGCCCAACUUGGCUUCCAUUCCCAGAAAAGAGGGGCUGUGAGCCUGGCUGCGCUACCUAUGAGCAGACGUUUGCCGAUGGGGCAGACCUUUGCCGCUCAGUCCUGGGCUACGUGCUGCCGGUAGCAGCUCCUGGCGCGGAUCACUGCCUCAACAUUUCCAUCUCGGUACUGCCGGGUCGCAGACACGAACGGAGGGCCCGGGAAAUCAGUUUCCCGCGGUCCCGCCGCUCCCGCACCUGGAUCCUGGAUGCUGCGGGCAGCGGGAGUGGUAGUGGAAGCGGCAGCGGCCCCUAGGGGGCGCUGGGCCUUGGAUGGAAGAUGCGUCCCUUCCCCCCACCCGGCCCAAGACACCCAGAGCGUCACCCCUCUCCCUCUCCGCUUUCUAGUUUCCAAAGUCCUGUCGCUCCUUCUGGAGUCCCAGAGACUAGCCCUUCUCCAGGUUAUUAGAGAAAUAGCCCAACUCUAGCUCACUUUCCCCUCUUCCCCCACUGAAUAAA